ACACACCACUCCAUCUACAAAUUCAAAAACUCUUCUCCUCUCUGUAUUCAAGUUCCAACACAAAAAAACAAAUACCCUGUUUAACCAAAUGGCUUCUCCCCUGUUAUUUCUCCUCCUCAUCACACUCUUCAUUUCACAUUCUUCAUCUCAAAUGCUACUAUUACCUCUAACACACUCACUCUCCAUGAUAGAAUUCAACACAACCCACCACCUCCUUAAAUCCACCUCAACUCACUCAUUAUCACGCUUCCACCGCCAUAAACACCACCACCACAACCAACUCUCUCUCCCACUCUCACCAGGCUCCGAUUACACUCUCUCCUUCAACCUCGGACCCCACUCCCAACCCAUAACUCUCUACAUGGACACAGGAAGUGACCUUGUUUGGUUCCCAUGCACACCGUUCAACUGCAUCCUCUGUGAAUUAAAACCCAAGCUUACCUCGGAUCCCUCUCCCCCUACCAACAUCUCCCACAGCACCCCCAUUUCAUGCAACUCCCAUGCAUGCUCUGUAGCACACAGUUCCACCCCCUCUUCCGAUCUAUGCACAAUGGCUCAUUGCCCUUUAGACUCCAUUGAAACCAAAGACUGCGGUUCAUUUCACUGUCCACCAUUCUACUACGCUUACGGCGAUGGAAGCUUAAUAGCUUCUCUCUAUCGCGAUACACUUUCUCUUUCUACUCUUCAACUUACAAACUUCACAUUCGGUUGUGCUCAUACAACUUUCUCCGAACCCACCGGAGUCGCUGGCUUCGGUCGUGGAUUACUUUCUCUCCCAGCUCAGUUAGCUACUCACUCUCCUCAACUUGGAAACCGUUUUUCUUAUUGUUUGGUUUCUCAUUCUUUUCGUUCUGAACGAAUUCGAAAACCAAGUCCACUCAUAUUAGGUCGUUACAAUGAUGAAAAACAGAGCAAUGGUGAUGAAGUUGUUGAGUUUGUUUAUACUUCAAUGCUUGAAAAUCCAAAACAUUCUUAUUUUUACACUGUUGGCUUGAAAGGAAUCUCUGUCGGAAAAAAGACCGUUCCAGCACCAAAGAUUUUACGGAGGGUGAAUAAGAAAGGUGACGGCGGUGUAGUAGUGGAUUCCGGCACGACAUUUACGAUGUUACCGGAGAAAUUUUAUAACUCGGUGGUGGAAGGGUUUGACCGUCGUGCUAGGAAAUCUAACCGGAGGGCGCCUGAGAUUGAACAGAAAACUGGGCUUUCACCAUGUUAUUAUUUGAACACGGCGGCGAUAGUGCCGGCGGUGACGCUGCGUUUUGUUGGGAUGAAUUCGAGUGUGGUGUUGCCUAGGAAGAAUUAUUUUUACGAAUUUAUGGACGGUGGAGAUGGAGUGAGGAGGAAAGAGAGAGUGGGGUGUUUGAUGUUUAUGAACGGUGGAGAUGAAGCUGAAAUGAGCGGUGGGCCCGGAGGAGUACUUGGGAAUUAUCAACAGCAAGGGUUUGAAGUUGAAUAUGAUCUUGAAAAGAAGCGCGUGGGUUUUGCUAGGAGAAAGUGCGCGUCGCUUUGGGAUAGACUCAAUCGCGACAAAAACUAGCGUAUAUACCUGCACCUGCACGGGUGCAUUUGGAUAAUUGGAUUCUUUCCCGUUUCAGACACGGGUCGGGUCUUAUUUUUCUUCUGUGAGAAAUAAAAUUGCUUAUGCAUGGUUCAUACACUCGUGUGCUCUUGAGUGGUGAAUGACUGUAACUAUGUAUUUAUAUGCAUGUAUAUUUUUUUGUUAAUUAAUUAUAAUAAUCUUACGUAUGCAUGAAUGUACAUAUUUUUAUUGUUUGAAUGAGGAUGUUGUCACUGUUAAGAUGAUGACAUGAGAAAAUCUAGCCCCAA